AUGGCACGGCGAACGGGAGGGGAUGCCUCCCCCAAUAAGAACACAUCUCUAAACCUGGUCACUGGGUUCUUUCACUACCUGCGUGAUGAGCAAGAAGCGGUACAGAAACGAACCUUCACUAAAUGGAUCAAUUCCCACUUGGCCAAGCAUGUUCCUCCCCUGGUGGUAACAGACCUGUUUGAGGACAUCAAGGAUGGGGUGAUGUUACUGGCCCUCCUGGAGGUCCUCUCUGGACAGAAACUGCCAUGUGAGCAGGGCAAGAAGCUAAGGAGGAUCCACUGGGUCUCCAACAUCGGCACGGCCCUCAAGUUCCUGGAGGGCAGAAAGAUAAAGCUAGUCAACAUUAACUCCACUGACAUUGUGGAUGGAAGACCUUCCAUAGUACUGGGGUUGAUGUGGACAAUCAUCCUCUAUUUCCAGAUCGAAGAGUUGACCAGUAGCUUACCAGCUCUUCUGGCUCUGUCAAGCAGCACCUCCUCAUUGGACAGUUCCACCAGCAGCACUGACACCACCAGCCCACCCAUCAAAAGGAAGUCCCUCCCUCCUGUGCAGGGCGGGGCCAGGAAGGCACUGCUCAGAUGGGUCCAGCAGACUGCCACUAAGUGUCUGGGCAUUGAGGUGAGGGACUUUGGCCAGAGCUGGCGUACUGGCGUAGCAUUCUUUGCGGUUCUCCUCGCUCUACGACCCAACCUUGUCGACAUAGAGUGCGUGCAGAAAAGGACCAAUCGGGAGAAUCUGCAGGAAGCCUUCUCACUGGCUGAAACAGAGCUGGGUAUCCCACAGCUCCUUGACCCAGAAGACGUAGAUGUGGACCAACCAGACGAGAAGUCCAUCAUGACCUACGUGGCUCAGUUCCUCAAGCACCACCCUCAGCGCCAACACAGUGAUUCUGAGGGACAGCUGGAGGAAGAGAGAGAGCAGUGUCGGAGCCUGCGGGAGCUGAAGACCUGGCUGGAGCAGCUGGAGAGAGAGGCAGCACAGGCUCAGGAGGACCAGGGCAAUCUCACUCAGCAGUACCAGUUGUUCAAGAGUCUGCGUGUCCAGUUGGAGAUGAGGAGGAAGAAGACAGAGACUGCUCUCCAGUCCACCCAGAAGGAGGGCAUGCUGACCAUGGACCAGGCCCUGGUCAAGCAGGCCUGGGACAGGGUGUCCAACAGGUUCCUGGACUGGCACCUGCAGCUGGACCGGGCGCUCCCCGCCCCCCUGAGUGUGGUGGGAUCGUGGCUCCACCAGGCUGAGGGGGCGCUGCGGCAGGAAGUCCCUGUUCAGCAGGCACAUGACGAGACGGCUAACACCGUGCACAAGACCCUGCAGCAGCACAAGGAUGUUCUGAAGGGGCUGGAGGGUCACCAGCAGGUGUUUCAGAAGAUCCACAAAGACAGGUGUGUCAGCGGGGUCCCUGUUCCCCCAGAGCAGCUCCAGGACAUGGCUGAGAGAAUGAAUUUCGUAUCGACGUCUUCAAACAUCCACCUGGCCAAGAUGGACUACCUGGAGAGCCAGCAGCGCAUGCAGGCCUUCCUGGCACUGGCUGAGUCCAAGCUCAAAUCCUGGAUUAUCAAAUAUGGACGUCAGGAAUCUGUGGAGCUGAUGCUCCAGAACUACCUUUCUUUUAUUGAAGGGCAGCAGUUCUUUGAGAAGUAUGAGACUCUGUUCCAGACUCUGAAAUGCAGUGCUGAACUCUAUGUCAAGGCGGAUUGCACAGUGGACGAGGGGGAGGCUGGGGUGCGGAGGUUCAUGCGGGAGGUUGUGACCCAGUGGAGGAGCCUGUCUGUGGAGGUGCGCAGUGUGCGGAGCAUGCUGGAGGAGGUGCUGUGUAACUGGGAGAGGUACAGCACCACCGUGGCCUCGCUGCAGGCCUGGCUGGAGGACGGCGAAGCAGCCCUCAGCCACCCGGAGAACACCAAGCGGGAUUUCUUCAGGACCCUGCCUCAGUGGAUGGAGCAGCACGCGACCAUGAACGACGCGGGCAACUUCCUGAUCGAGACGUGCGAGGAGGCGGCGUCGCGGGAGCUCAAGCAGCAGCUGCUCCUGCUGAACGGGAGAUGGAGGGACCUCUUUGUCCAAGUCAAACAGUACGCCCGGGCGGACGAGCAGGAGAAGUGGCGGAGGGACUACGUGCGAGCCGUGUCGUCCCUCAGGGAGCUCCUGGACACGGCUGAGACCAAGCUCAGCGCUCCCGUCCUGGUGUCCUUCCUCACCGUCAGGGCCUUCCUGCAGGACGUGGAGAACACCAAGCAAAAGGUGGUUGCCAUGGAGACUCAGUACAAGCUGGCGGCCCGCAGCGCCCAACUGCUUGCCAAAGACGCUCCGCAAGACGAGGGCGCAAAGGCCAUGGCUACCAUGGCAACGGUCAAAAGUCAGCUGAGUAAGGUGAGGGAGAGAUGCCCCUGCUUGGUGAGGGAGUGCCACUCACUGCUCCCCCUGCUGGAGGAGAUGGAGAAGCACAUCGCAGGCUUCUACCAUUCCCUGGACAGGGCCAGCCGCAUCACAGCUAGCACCAGAAACCCCGACUCUCCACACAAACACAGCUGGCAGGACCUGCUGAGUCAGCGGCAGAGCUGCAAGCGCUGUCUGGCCAUCAUCGAGAGGAACCUCCUCGCCCUGCAGAGGGUGCUGUCUAACAGCAGGGCCCUCAAGAGCUUCGACCUGACCCUCCAGCAGAAGAGAGUGGCCGACCUGCAGUCCUCUGCACAGGCUCUGGUGAAGGAGGUCGGGGAGUGGAGGCGCCAGGAGGAGGCCGACAGCAGCCUGAGGAGGAGGUUCGAGGAGUCCCGGCAGGAGCUGGAGCGGGUGCUGAGGACCGCCCAGGGCUGCCUGAGGGAGAGAGGAGAGGCGGAGGAGCUGCUGAAGAAGCACUCGGAGUUCUUUGGGCAGCUAGACCAGCGGGUCCUGAGUAUGUUCCUGAAGGCGUGCGACGAGCUGACAGACAUCCUGCCAGAGGACGAGCAGCCGGGACUGCAGGACACCGUCCGCCGGCUGCACAAGCUCUGGAAGGAUACCCAGGCGGAGGCGCCAGCCCACAUUCAGCGUCUGAGGGUGGAGGCGGAGCAUGGGAGGGCGUGGGCGGCGCUUCAGGAGUGCAGGGCGGAGCUCGCCAGAGAGGCCCAGGCUCUGACUGCCACCAGCAGCGAGAGAAUCAUCCGAGAGCACAGGAUGUUCUUCAGAGAGCGAGAUCCUCUCGCUGCAUGUGAGAGGAGGCUGGCCGCCAUGGAGGAGCUUUGUCAGCAGCUCCCAGACAACGACCCCACCCAGCGAGCCCUGGAGACCACCCAGAGGGCCUUGCAAGAGGUCAAAGGUCAGAUAGAUGCCAUGUACCUCAAGAUGCAGCAGCACCCCGACAAGUGGAGGGAGUGGGAUCACAGGUUUUCUGAGCUUUCUGAUUGGCUGUCGUGUCAGAGGAGCCAGGUGAGGGUGUUGCGCGAAAAAGCGCAAGACUCCGCCUACCAGGAAGAAGUGGACGCUGCUGUCCGGGAGCUGCAGGAGUGUGUGGAGACCCGGGAGGGGAGCGUGUCCUGGCUGAGGAGUCGCCUGGCCGUGCUGCAUGAGGUCAGCUCUGAGGAGCAGGUCAGGAGGAAGAGGGCGACCCUGGACAAGCUGUCCUCCGACCUCCGAGCCCUCCGCUCCUCGCUCUCCCAGGCAAGACGCCACUGCUCUGCGUUGACCCCCAGUGAGGAGCUGAGGGAGGAGGUGCGUGGUGCUCUCGAGGAGGUGCUCCGGGCCAGGAAGGAGGCGCAGGAGCAGACCCUCAUGAUCCUGGAGGCAGAGAACCCAGACCAGGCUCAACAGCUGCUCCUCAUUCAUCAGCAACACCUGAAGCGUCUCCAUGCUGACAGGAAGGAGGCGGAGAUUCUGCUGGCCCACUGUCAGCAGAGUCAGAUGGGGGAGGGGCUUAGCCCGUCCCUGCUGGAGUUGGAGGGAGCUUUCAGAGAGGUGGACCGCGAAGCGGGGAAGCAGGAGCACAACCUGCAGGCCACUCUGUGCGCAUGGCAGGAGUUUCAGGCGGAGCGCGAGGCUGUGUGGGAGUUUGUCAGCAGUACCGGCUCUGUCCUGCAGAGGGAGCUUAUCUUCAGCGGCAUGGACAGUCUUCACACUGAACUGGCCCACACCAAGGACCUGUACAUGUGCAGUGAGGAGUUUGUUGCUCGAGCAGACAUCCUCCUGGAGAUGGCUACAGAGAUCCCUCUGGGAGCGGUGAACCAGACCACACUGCUGCAGCAGGCGGAGACCACCAAGGACCAGGUCACUCAGCUGGAAGACACCCUCAAGGACAAUAUUGGUCAGCUGGAGGCCGUCUGUGUACAGUGGGAACACUUCAACAGCCAAUCAGAGGUCCUCUCCUCCUGGAUCUCUGAAAAAGAGAAGGAUCUGGAGGCAGUGAACCCUUCUUUGUCCUCAUCAUCCUCCUCUUUCGCCUCUCCCUCCGACCACCUUGUUAAACACAUGAGCACGGUGGAGACGGUGGGGGCUGGGCUUGAGGAGAGGGAGGCGGGCCUGGCCCAGCUGGAGGCAGAGUCCGAGGCCCUGGCCAUGUUCCAGAGCCCCGGAGAGGUGGGGCGUAUCCGGGGGCGACUGGGCCAGGUGAGGCGGCGCUGGGAGGAGCUUCGGGAGAGGGCGGAGCAGCUGGAGGGACAGCUGAACCAGAGCGCCUCCUGCAGGCUAAGAUUCCAGGACAACCUGGAACAGAUGAAGAAAACCAUGAGUGACCUUCAAGUGAAGCUGGACUGUCCCAUCAUGCAUUGCAGCUCGUCUUCUGAUACCUACCGGACUCUCCAGGAGCAUAUGGAUGUGAGCCAGGCACUGGAGCAGGUAAAGCCCAGGCUGGUGGCUCUAUCCGCGGGCAUGAAGACUCUGGGUGAGGGGGGUCCGCUGGAUGAAGAGAUAACUGGUCUCCAAAAGGACCAGGCAGUGAACUCUGAGAAAGCUACAGAGAAACAAGCCACUCUGGAAAACCUGCUGGUUCUAUGGCAAAGAUUUGAGAAAGAGGGUUCGUCCCUCAAAUGCUGGCUGGACCGCUGUGAGUCUGUGUGCUGUCCAGACUCUCCUCUCCUCUCUACUGACAAAGCAAAGCUUCAAACGAAACUCCAAGAAGUGCAGGAAAUGCAGAGUGGCGUGCCGUCCCAUGAGGCUUUGCUGCAGGGGGUGGUGAGUUUGGGGGCGUGUCUGCACCCCACCGUGGCCGAGGGGCGGGGCCAGGAGCUUAAGGAUGACCUCACUCGGCAGGAAGAGAGAUUCAGCAUAAUAAGGGAGAGCAUAGCUCAAAGGCUCCAUCAGCUGCAGUCCCAGCUGUCUGAGGUGGAGCUGUUUGACCGGGACCUGCUCACGCUGACCCAGUGGAGCGAGAGCUUCCUGUCUGUCCUCAGAAGCUCCUCCCAGGUUGACCUAGCUGACCUGGAGGCAGCUGACAACCAGGUCCAGGAGCAUGAGGCCUCCCUCCAGGAGCACAGCCCCAUGAGAGACAGCCUUCACCAGAGAGAGGCCUCCCUCCUCUCCUCCUCCGGCCCAGAGGCCCAGCAGCAGCUCCAGGGCCAGAGAGAGGCCUGCCUGCAGCCCCUCAGUGAAGCCCAGCGCCUGCUCCACCUCCGCAGGGAGAGCCUGGCCGAGCUGAGGGUCUACCUCCAGAGCCACGAGGCCGCGGCCAGGGCCGUCCAGGAGCUCCAGGAAGCCGUGGAGGGCAGGGGGAGCUGGGACCGCACCAAGGCUGAGGAGCUGCACUGUCAGCUGGGGGAGGUGGCUGGGGAGGUGGCCCGGAUGGAGGCCCAGGCGGUGGGACUGGACGGACGGCUGAGCAAGGCUCACCUCCACCUGAGUGGCGCGGACUGGAGGGGCUCCAGGGACAUGGGGCAUGCCCAGGGGAGGACCUCGUGCCGGGGGCAGGCGGUGGCCCUCAUGGUGGCUCUGGAGGGGGUACAGAGGGGCCUGGGGUGGAGGCAGAGCGAGGCAGAGGCCCUGGGAGCACUGUGGAGCUCCUUCAGGGAGAGGAGAGAGGAGGUGAUGAGGAGCCUGACGGAUGUGGAGGAAAGGGCCAGACAGGAGGGGGUCAGGGAGAGCUCCGUCCUGGCCUUUCAGAACAGACUACGUUUCUUUGUCCAGCUGGAGGAAGAGUUGCAGUCUCUCCAGCACUCCAGGCAGUGGCUGGGGGAGCGAGGCAAGCAGCUGGCCCAGAGAGACAGUGAGCUGGCUGGGGAGGCACACAGGGAGGUGUCCCUGGUGGAGACAGCCUCAGACGACCUCCGAAGGCUCCUUGUGAAUGGCCAGGAGCAGUGUGGGGGCCUGGUGGAUCUCCUGCGUCAGUUCCACGGUCUGAGGGCCAGCCUGAGCACCACGGUGGAGAACGCCAAGAGCCUGACCCACAACCAACCUGACCACAACCACAACCCUGAGGAGGCCAGGAGAACCCUCUCACGGCAUGAGGUGGUCCAAUCAGAGCUGAGGGAGAAGCAGGGGGACAUGGACCUGUUCAUCAGCACUGGAGAGGACCUGCAGAGGGAGCUGGACCAGGUUCCUCUCUGUGACUCCCUCAGCAUCCAGACUGACGUGCAGAGGCUGAGGGACCUGUGGCUGGAGAUAUCUGAGACAAUCCAAACCAACACAGAGAGACUGAGCUACUGUGUGUCUCUAUGGGAUGACCUCAAGACCAUGGAGCUCAGUAUCGACCAAUGGGCAACCAGCUCCAUCGCUGACCUCACAGAUGGCUUGGCCAAUCUUAGUGACAAGUCGAAGACAGAAGCCCGCCUCGCCACCUUUCAGGCUGAGGUGGAGGCCAGAGAGCAGGAGCUGGAUGCCCUGCAGGAGAGAGUGGCCCAGCUGAAGGACCGGGCCAAGCUCCAGGACACCCCUGUCCAGCUCCAGGUGAUGGAGUGUGACCUCAGGAAGAAAGUGGGCCACGCCCAGGAAGUGUAUGACCAAGUCAAGCACACCCUCACCUACUACAGCUUCCAGAAGCAGAGGCUGGAGGACCUCAUAUCCCAGAUGACCGAGCGGCUGGAGAUGGUGGAGGGCUGCUUGUCGGGCCUGACUGAGGCCUCGAGCCCAGAGGACAUGAGCAGAGUCAAGGAGCUCCAGAGGGCCCUCCAGCAGCACAGAGGGGACAUGGACUCGGCCAGAGAGGCCCUGAGCGCCCUCUGCAGGUCACACCCCUCUCCUGAGCUGUCCCACCUCUCCGCCGACCUCACCGCCAUCAACAAGCGCAGCGAGGUGGCGGUCCAGGGCCUGUCCAGGACCAAGGACACGCUACAGGAUGGCCUGCAGACCAACUUCAACGAGCUGGUCCAAGACUUUCACUCCUGGCUUUUGGGGCUGAAGGCGGAGCUAAAACAAUGUUCUGACCAAUCAGGAGAUGUUACCAUCUUGGGAAGCAAGUUAGAGAGACUAAAGGUGGCGCUAGGACACAAAGCGGAGGGAGAGCAGCGCCUGGCCCGGGUGGGUGAGGAGGCCGAGAGGCUGGUGCUCCACCUGCCUAAGGCUGGGGCGGGACAGGUCCAGGAGCGCCUCACCGCCUGCCGGGGGGAGUGGCUGCAGCACCUGGAGGGGUGCGAGCAGACCCAGGGAGACCUGGAGGAGGGCAUCGCCAUCCUCACCGGGUUUGAGGGUCGUGUGGAGGCGUUGACGGGCUGGCUGGUGCAGAUGGAGCUGAGCCUGAAGACAGAAGCUGCUCCUGGGGCAGACUGCCAGGAAGGAGUCCACGCUAGCACCCACGAGCUGGAGAGGGUGGAGGACAUCCACAGAGAGCUGUUGACAAGGAGGAGCUCCAUAGAGCGUCUCUGCCUGGACUCCCAGUCCAUGAGUGACAGAGGUCGAGGGUCGGGAGGGGAGUUGAGGGCUGCGUCCCAGCUCCAGACAGACCACCAGGCCCUCCUGAGGGGGGCCAGGGAUCGCCUGCGAGGCUGCCAGGAGAGCCAGGCCUUCGGGGAGAGCCUCCAGGGCCUGUGGACAUGGCUGGAGGAGAUCCAGGAGAGGCUGGGGACGGUGGAUAGCACCAUGGGCAGCAAGGACCAGCUGGAGACCCGGCUGGACACUGUGCAGGACAUCCUGCUGCUGAAGGGUGAGGGCGAGGUGAGGCUAAACAUGGCGGUGGGGAAGGGUGAGCUGGCCGUCAGGAGCUGCAGCGGGGAGGCGGGACAGGAAGCCAUCCGCUCCCAGCUCCAGGAAGUGGAGGACGCGUGGGCCACGCUGCUGGUGACCGCCAUGAGCUGCCACAGCCGGUUGGAGUGGACGGUCUCCCAGUGGGGUGGCUACCUGGAGAGUGCUGCCCAGCUGCAGCGCUGGCUGGAGGCCGUGGAGGCGGAGGUUUGCGCCCCCCUCACCCCCCAGCUGGGCCCCAGGGAGAAGGCGUCUCAGCUGGGAAGACUCAGGGCCCUGCAGGCUGAGCUGGAGGACCACCAGGUGGCGCUGGCGAGCCUGGAGGAGAAGGCCGCAGAGCUCCACAAGAAGACCGGCGACUCCAACUUCAACCAGGGAGCGCGCUCUGAGAUCCAGGCGCAGUUUGAUGACCUCAGCACCCUGGUUGAGGAGAGAGUGAGGAGGGCAGAGGACGUGGUCACAGAACACCAGGAGUAUCUGGAGGCGGUGAGGGAGCUCACUGAUUGGUUGAUGUCCGUGGGGGAGGAGCUUCAGCGCUGGUCAGAUACGUGUGGAGACUCGGCGUCCAUCCAGAGGAAACUGUCUGAGGUCAGGGAGCGGGUCGAGUGUCGGCUGCUGGAGGGCCGCGAGCGCCUCAGUCGCGUGCGGAGGAGCGCGGCGCUCACGGCGGAGCACACGGCGGCGGGCGGCUGCGAGGCCAUGGACCGCCAGCUGGGGGCGCUGGCCCAGGCCCUGGAGCAGUGGGAGGGCGCCGCCCUGAGGGCCCGCGACAGCCUGGAGGGAGCCCUCGCCACGGCCACCGCCUCCGAGGAAGAGUACGGCCGCCUGACGGAGAGGCUGGAGGAGGAGCUCAGGGAGCUGGACGGGAGGCUGGCGGGGUGGAGCCGGGAGCUGAGCCGGGCGGAGGGGUGGACCAUCGGGGAGGAGGCGGUGGAGGGGUGGCAACUGGCAAAGGAGGUGCUGGAGGGCUUGCAGAGCGCAGAGCCCAUGGCGGAGCGACUGAAGAGCCAGCUGAACGACUUGGUGCGUUACUCCCGGGACCUGGCUCCACACUCCGACAGAGUCACCGCUGUCAUCAAGCAGCACAACAGUCUGAGCCUGUGCGCGUCCAGGGAGUGUCAGAACAAGGAGCGUCUGCUGGAGCAGAAGUUCCGAGCCGCCCUCCGGGACUUCCAGCAGUGGCUGGUCAACGCCAAGAUCAGCACCGCCAAGUGCUUUGACGUGCCACAAAGCGUUGCCGAGGCAACCACCAGCCUACAGAGGAUCCAGGAGUUUCUGGGAGACAGGGAGCAUGGCCAGUCCAGGCUGAGCACCGUGGGGGCCUGCGGAGACCUGCUCAUGGCUGUGGUCCCCGGUGAUCGGGUGGACGGGGUCCGGGCCAAGGUGGCCAACGCCAGGGAGGACUGGAAGAGCCUGAUGUCCAACUUGCAGAUGAGGGAGACAGCCCUGAAGAGCCUGCAGUCUCAGAUGAGAGAGUUCGAGGCCAGUGCCGCACCCCUUCAGGAUUGGCUGAACAGCACAGAGGUCAGAGUUCAGGAGAGCAGCGCCCGGCUUCACGACCUCUCGGCCAAGAAACAGGAGCUCGGAAAGCUACAGUGUGUGUUGGAGGAGAUGGCUGGUCGCGAGGCGGAGCUGGGGGUGCUGAGGGAGAAGGCCCACCACCUCUGGGAGGGUCAGACAGCCGGCAAGGGCUUCGUCCACCGAGUGUCCCAGCUAUCGGCACAGUACCUGGCCCUCAGUAACCUCACCAAGGACAAGGCAUCCAGGAUCGAGCGCAUCGUAGGGGAGCACAGGCUGUUCUCCCAGGGCCUGAAGGAGCUCCAGGACUGGGUGUCUGAGGCCCAGAGGGUCCUGCUCACCUGCCUCUCCCCCACCGCAGACAAGGGUGUCCUGGAGGACAGGAUGAUCCAGCUGGAGGGUCUGCUGGCUGCUCGGCAGGAGAGGGAGAUCCAGCUGAAGAUGCUGCUGACGCGGGGCGAGGCCGUCCAGAGGAACACGUCGGCCGAGGGCGUCCCCGUGGUCCGCAAGCAGAUCCAGGACCUCAAGGACUCCUGGGACGCCCUGCUGUCCGCCUCCAUCCAGUGCAAAAGCCAGCUGGAGGGCGCCCUGUCCCAGUGGACCAGCUACCAGGAGGACGUGGGUCAGUUCACCCUGUGGAUGGAGAGGGUGGAGGAGACUCUGGGCUGCUCAGACAGGCCGUACUCUGAGAUGAGGGACAAGACAGCCAACCUGGGCAAGACCAAGCUGCUGUAUGAGGAAGUUCUAAGCCACAGCAGCCCUCUGGAGACUAUUGCUACCAAAGGCUCCAACAUGGCUGAACACUACACUACCCAGCAGGAGGUCCAGGCGCUGCAGCAGAGAUACUCCUCCAUCAAAGACAAGGCCAAGGCUGCCGUGAGUAAGGCCAAGCAGCUGGUGCUGGUCCAUCAGGAGUACCAGAGGGGGCUGCACGUGUUUGAGGACUGGCUGGAGCAGGAGCAGGCCACCCUGGGCCCUCUCAUCCACCCUGAGGGGGAUGUGGAGACACUGGAGACCACGCUGCAGCAGCUACAGCUUCUCCAGGAACGCUGCUUGGAGGGCUGCUCCCUGCUCUGCUCCGUCCUCUCCAGCAGAGAGGGCGUUAUCCCGUGGGGCGUGCCCCAGAUUGAGGACCGAGCCCUGGACACUGUGCAGCGUGAGUGGGGUGCUUACCAGGCCCGGCUGGAAGAGACUGGCAUUCAGCUGGGCUCCACCCUGGAUAGGCUAAGGCAACUUGGGGAGAAGUUCCAGAGUCUGGCUGAAUGGCUGGAGGAUAUGGAGAAGAAGGCUAACAUUAGGACUCACCGCCGGUCUGACAGACCUACCAAGGAGGCCCAGCUAAAACAGCUUCAGCGGUGGCAGGAGGGGGCGCUGGUGCAGCAGAGCGGAGGCCUGUCGGUUCUGGCCCAGCAGGUGAUGGAGGAGACCCACGUCAGCUCCCGGGUCAGCACCAGAGCCACGCUGCUCACCGCCCGCUACCACGCCCUGCUGCUCAGCUUACAGUCAAUUGUGGAUUGA